AUGCUACGACUUCUCACCUGGGGCCUUGUAGCCCUGGCCGCGGGGGCACAGGCCGCUAUUCCACUGGCAGUGUCGCCAUCACACCUCGAUCCCGGCACUCCCUUCUCUGGCCGUCCUGGCGUCAAGCCCUUCACUUUGCGACUCGGACACGACACGGCCAGUGUGUGCAAUAGUUCAACCCCGGGCACGUCUGGUUUCAUUGCCUCUAAGGACAGACUUGGAGGCAAAAGCUCAAUCUUCUUCUGGUUCUUCGAAAGCAAGCAUGAUCCUACAUCAGACCCCGUGAUUCUGUGGAUGACCGGUGGCCCAGGUGCUUCAUCUGUGGGCUAUGGGCACUUGAUGGAACUCGGCCCAUGCCGUAUCGCUCCCGAGGGCGGAUACACUGUUGACAAUCCAUUCGGGUGGAAUGCCAAUGCCACUCUCUUGUUUGUCGACCAACCAGUCGGGGUUGGUUAUUCUCGCGGAGAACACAGCUCCCAAGGUCUUCACGAUGCUUCCACAACCAUGGACCAAUUCCUUCGUCAGUUCAUGAUGGCGUUUCCUGAUCUAGCCGAUCGAGAUUUUUACAUAGCGGGUGAGUCAUACGGUGGCUCAUGGGUUCCCGCUCUUGCCACGACAAUACUGCAAUCUCAGAGCAACACCACCAACGAUGCGGCGCCUAUACAAGUCCAAGGAGAAGGCCGUGGUGUUGCUCCGGCCUCAGACGAUCCCGACAGCAGUCCGCGGAUCAAUCUGAAGGGCGUUAUGAUCGGCAAUGGCCUCAUCCGACGAUCGAUACAAAACAUUGGCUUCUUCGAGACCGUCUGCAAUGGACCUGACAGCUUGUUCAACACAUCUCAAUGCUUGCAGUGGGCUCCUCGGGCCAUGUGGUGCGAAGAGAAUCUCGGUAUUUGCGAGACCGACGGCAUGAAAUCUGCUGUCUGCAAAGAAGCCGAGACCAGGUGCAGCGCAAUCAGCAGAGUUGUCGUAGAAGACAUGCACCGCAACCCAUAUGACUUCCGCCAAGAGUGCUAUGACCCUACAGCUUGUUACCCAGAGAUGCAGCACAUCGAUGAGUAUCUAAACAGAGCAGAUGUUAAACAAGCGCUUGGUGUGCCUAAGGAGCUUCCUUUUCUCGGCAUAUCUUUUGACGUUUUAGAGCAGUGGGAGAGGGUGGGCGACUUGUGGAGAGCGAGUGAUAGCUACGUCAACUAUCUGUUGAAAUCUGGUAUACGUGUUCUCAUCUACGUUGGAGACAAAGAUCUAUACUGCAACUCUGCAGGGAUGCGUCUCCUCGUUGACCGAGGCCUCAGCUGGGAUGGCCAACCCUUUAUCCGAUUCAGGGAAUUGAUGCCCUGGUACGUCGGAACAAAGGCAGUUGGUCGAUGGAAGUCAUAUGAGCCUCUUACGUAUGCCGAAAUCUCCGAUGCUGGGCAUCUGUCACCGUUUGACAAGCCUGAGGAGGCACUGACUCUUAUCAACGCCUGGAUUCAGGGAGGGCUCCCGAGCUCGUAG